UUCGGAUUCGAAAGGGUGAUGGGGAAUGUUUACGUUUUUCAUCGUUGAUAGACUUGACUAUCAAUGAUAGUAUAUAUAUGUAGAAACAGUUUUCAUCGUCUACCCGAUGGAUUUCAACAACAAAACAGGUAUUUUCUCUCCUCAUCAAGAUGUUGAAGCGGAAAAUUUCGGCUCUGUCGCCUUCACAACUUCAACGCCGAGCAACCCGACUCGACGAAGUGGAAGGAAAUCAUGGUUUGAUAAUUUGGGAAACACGGGGAAAGGUACUAAAUAUGAAAUCGCGGUUGAGAAAACGGUUAAAAGGCGGUCAGCUUGUCGACGAAAAAGUGAAGAAGAAGAUGUAGAAAUUCUGACAUUGACUCAUUUCACAAAUCCGCCAAGAAUAGGUUUUGGUAGAGCAAAACCUGGGACAACAAAAAGGCGAAGCUUAUUAAUAAAAAAUCCUCACGAGUACCCACAAGAUGUUAAAGUGGAAAAAUUCCCAUUCAAAAAGCAUUUUGACAUCGACGAGACAAAGUUUACAGUGGAAGCAGAGGGCACCUUGCUGUUGACAAUAACAUGGUCACCAGAAGAAGAGGGAAAUUUUAGAGAGAUGAUUCUAUUUCAGGUCGAUGGAUCAUACAGACUACAGGCUUUUGUAUUUGGAUGUGUGGAAAAACCUGCACCCAAGAAGAAAGUGAGAAAAGGUCUGAUGGGUAGGGCUACAAAAAAACCAUUUGCUAUCAUACAAACACCAAACCUAGCUAAUAUUGCCAAAUCAUACAGCCCAACAAAGGGAGAAGUGAGAAAGAGCAGUGAUGGACACAGAAGACUGUCAAAGGGAAGAGAAAACAAAGUUCCUGUUAAAAAGACUCGAGCAAAAAAUCAGGAUGAUUUCCAUCCAACACAAAAGCAUUCUUUGGAACAAAAUGAAGAGAGGAAUGAAUGUCUUGAUUCCAACAUCAAAAUUAGUCACAUUACCCCCAUCAAACCGACUGAGAAUAUUGAACUUUCAUCUGCAGAAUUUGUAGUUCCUAAGGUAGUGAAAAUGCCUAGUAAAUCUUCCUUGAAGAAUAUUAAAGGUGGUCAUCAGGAUGAAUUGGAGUCUCUGUCACCUUUAGUUGCCAAGUAUCUUGAUAACAGUGAUGAUGAUGUCAUUGUGGUAAGGCAAACCGUGAACAGUGAGGAUCAGGCAAAUCUGCUAAAUACACCUGAUAGACUGUCUAACAAUCUAGAUACUCCAAUCAGGAUCCUUUCAACAAAGCAAGGAACUGCUAGAAAUGUUACAAUAGCACAAGAAAAUAAAGCACCAAAAUGUGACCUUAACACACCUGACAAUGUUCACCUGGUUCUUGAGAAAACUCCUGAUAAAAGAAACAACUGUCAUGAAACAGAGGAGGGAACCAAUGCCCUGUCACCAAAUAGUUUCCUGCACGACUCUCUUUGUAGUCAGAGGGGUAUUGAUACCAGCCUGUUUGAUGCUGGUUCCACAAUCAGCAGACAACCGGCCCAUUCCACCAUACUUCCAACUCCAGAGAGGAUGUCCAGGGCAGUCAGUGAACCCAUGAAAGAUUUUAUUAGCCCAAACAAAUUUUUGAAGGAGCUGAAUGAUACACAGGAGAAACUUGAGCUCAGUUUCCAACAUGACCCUAACACCAUUCCAAGUCCUGAGUCCAUUUUGAACAGUUCAAUCCCACAUGCCAUCAUGGUGAAACAGUUGCAGACAGUUAAGAUGUCGUUGGCAACUCCAAAUCCUGUGUUUUCUCCCCUGCCUUUAGAUAACAAAAGAGAGACAUUUGUCCUGAAAUCUACAGUCAAUGCCAACCAGUCGCCUGCACUUCGCAGGGAGACGUUCAUUAAGAAAAGGACAGCAAUCACACCAAAACCAGUGUCCUCCUAUCCUAAAAGUACCAUGGUCACAAGGCAAGGGAAUCGAAAAACAGCAAAAGUGGAAAUAAAAUCCAGAGAUGUUCCUAUUAUGAAGAAAGCAAGGAAGGGAAACAAAGAUAGUUUUUGUAAGAAAACUAUAGGUGGAACAUUCAAACAUGACAGAAUAAGUGAAGAUAGUUUGGAUGGAGCAAUUCAUGGAUCACCGAUUCCUACACAUAUUUCAUCUACUACCAGCAUUUACCAACAAGCCAUCAACACACCAGAGCUACUGGUGAACAGUAACACUGAAGCCAUGGCCUCAGAAGGAAGGACAUCAACUGGAAGAGGGUUGUUUACACCAUAUGAUGUAGUUUCUCUGCCAUACAACUCCCAAAACCCUGUCUUUGAGUCCCCUAACAAUCUCACAGCUGAUUUGUCAGUAGCACAACAGUUUUCAAGCCAAGCAUCAGAUUCUAUGUCCUCCGAUAUCAGAAGGGAAAAAUAUGACAGAAUGAGUAAAGACAGUCUUGAUGAAUCAAUUUCUGCUACAAACUCGACAACAGUAACAAAGGAAAAACCCUGGAAUGAUAUCACCCAAGAAAGACAGGCUUCAACAGGAAGAAGUUGUUUAACACAGGAAAGUGGAGUCUCUCCAUCAUCACAAGACUCCAGCUUUCAGUCACCAAGUUCUCUGCCUGUUGAUACGCCAAUGAGAGAACUAUUUACCCGUCGGGCGACUCUGACAGUCACUAAACAGCGGCCAUCUGAUGCACUUUUACAGGUCGCCCAAGAACGUCUCUCAUCUCAACUGAUUACAGAAGACAUUGUUUCUGAUAGCAUAGCUCAUUCUUUGUCAAGUGACUCACCAAGACUGCAUACACUUUUACCAGAGGAAAAUCCUGAGCGUUGUAUCUCCAUUUUAUUAAAGAAUCGUAGCACUUCACAUUCGAUGAGGCACACACCGACUGAAGUUAGUGUCAGUAGUAGCAUUAAUAAAACCAGCAGUUUUACAAAGACUCCUCACCAACUACCUACCAGUCCAAACCCUGACAAUUCACGACGGUCUACACAUGUAGUAGAGAAUCCAAAGGUCCUUGACCUUAGCAUUAUUGGCAGGAAGCGUUUAUUUCCACCACUUGAGGAUCCUGACGAUGAAGCUGUAAAGCACACAGACAACCUGACCACAGAAAUGGCUGCUGCCACUCAUGCUACUGAGGUUAGCUCAGAACAUAUAACAAGGAAGCAUCCGGACCCAGUUACAUUGGACAGUGAAAAUCUUCCACAACAAGCAACCGAAGAAAAGUCCCACAAAAGUCUCAACAACCGUGAAGAUUCUUUGAAACCUGAACAUGAAAAGACUAGUGUUCCUGAUGUGGGAAAAGAACAACAGCAGACCACAGACAAAAUGAUGACACUUUCACAAGAGAGGAAGCCAUAUGUUGCCUUUAUAACUGGUUCUCCUGACAAUCCCACUGUUGUUGAAAAACCUAUCAUGACCAACAAAAUUAGGGAGAGUGUGAAGAAGCGGACCCACAGUGAAAACCGAGCUGUGAGUGAGGCCAGCAAUAAGAGGCUGAGGUCUACACAAUCUAUACACACUGGUUUGUCAGGGAAGGUCCAGGCAACCUCUACAUUGUCCCAUACCACCACCAAACCCAGACAAACAAGGUCAACUAAAGGAGACACCAAAACGGGUGUAUCAACGAGACCUUCCAAUAAAACCAAGUGUGCAGUGAAAGGUAUCGCCCAGACCAAACUCAUCCUUAUGAAAAAAGCACGUCCAACAGCUUUGCCAAAACACCCAAUGCCCUUUGCAUCCAAGAAUAUGUACUAUGAUGAGAGAUGGAUUGACAAACAGGAGCGAGGAUUUGUCAACUGGCUCAACUUUGUGCUAACACCUGCUGAUGAGUAUCAGCACAGCAACAAACAAGUGAAAGUUGAUGCAGGAGCUCUGAGUGUAGAAGCAAGCCGGACCAGUGUAAAACUAGCACCAAGUAAAGAGGUUCUGUCUAUACGUGCCUACACUGCAAGGCGACGACUCAACCAGCUUCGUCGAAGUGCUUGUAAUCUGUUUCAGACAAAGGAGAUCAUUCAUGUGAUUCAGAAACUUGAGGCAGAAAUUGAAAGUCUUCGACUGGUUGUCCGUAAAGACAAGAAAGUUCAUGCAGAUCUUGGUAUGAAGCAAAACAUUCUGGACAUGAUCCUGUCCUUUAAUCCACUGUGGCUGAGAAUUGGUCUGGAGACCGUUUAUGGUGAGAUGAUUCAAAUGCAGAACAACAGUGAUGUCAUCAGUAUGUCCAGAUUUAUUGUCACCCGUCUGCUCAGUAAUCCAGAUAUUGCGUCUCAGUACUGCCACCCGACAGUACCACACCUAUAUCGUGAUGGUUAUGCUGAGGCAAUUGCCCAACACCUGUUGAAGAAGUUUUUUAUGUUGAUCUUCUUCCUGGACAAAGCCAAAUCUCACAGACUCAUCAACCAUGACCCCUGUCUCUUCUGUAAAGACUCCGAAUACAAGUCAACAAAAGCGAUGCUGAUCCAAUUCUCCCGAAACUACCUGAGUGGUGAAGGAGAUGUCACCAAACAUCUAGGUUACCUUGGUUACGUAGUCACUCAUCAACAGACCUCCAUGGAUGAGUUUGAUUAUGCUGUUACCAAUCUCGCUACAGACCUUCGUGACGGUGUCAGGCUAACACGUGUACUGGAGCUGUUAACUAAUCACUGGGAUUUGUCCAAGACUCUUAGAGCACCAGCCAUCAGCCGACUCCAGAAGGUUCACAACAUGGAAGUGGUGUUCAAGGCACUGACUGCACAAGGUGUGACCUUCGACAAAGAGAAAAAGAUAACCACGAAGGACAUUGUGGACGGACACCGUGAGAAGACUCUACAUGUGUUGUGGGCACUUAUCCUACAGUACCAGGUGGAUGUGCUGUUAAAUAAGGACCAGUUGAAAGAGGAGAUAAAUAUCCUACAGAGAAGUUUAAGUGUCAGGAAUCAACUGGCAGAUCUACAGAGAUAUGAACAAGGUUUGAGUAAGAAACGACGUGAGUCAGCUGAACAAGAUUUGCACAUGCAGAGUGACAGCCUGUUGUUAUUGCUGCGCUGGUGUCGUACCGUGUGUGCCUUCUACCAUAUCAAGAUUGAGAACUUCACAGUGUCGUUUGGGGAUGGCCGAGCUAUGUGUGCCUUGGUUCACCACUACCAUCCUGCCCUCCUUCCUUGGGACUUCAUCAACACAAGGACCACUUUGACGUACCAGGAGGACUUAGAGGAGGAGAUGUGUAAUCGUAAUCUUGAUCUCAACUCAUCCGAAGUGUUUAGUCCAGCUCCAUUUCCAGUGGCUGAAGAUCCAGUGCUGUUUGAGGAAUUCCUUUCCAAUGAGAAGGCAAACUUCAAAUUACUGUAUGAGAAAGUUUCAGAGUUAGGUGGUAUUCCACUGAUGCUGCGAUCGAUGGAUAUGUCCAACACUAUUCCUGAUGAGAAAGUAGUGGUCACUUACAUGUGCUACUUGUGUGCACGCUUACUGGACAUCAGACAUGAGUCUCGUGCAGCACGAGUCAUCCAGUUGGCAUGGCGACGACACUACCUGAGGAGGUCAAAGAAGGACCUACAGAUGAAGCAUGAUGCGGCUGUCGUCAUCCAGAGAGCAGUGAGGAAUUUACUGAAAGCCAGACUGGCUGUCAGGAGAGAGGAUGGGGCAAAGGUCCUACAGAAAUAUGUAAGGAUGUGGCUUGCUCAAAGGACUGUCAAACAACUCAAAGCUGCAAAAAUGGAAAGGCAUCGCACAAAUGCUGCAUGUGUAGUACAGGCAGCAGUCAGAAAAUGGUUAAAGAAGCAGAUGGCUGCUAGGAAGACAGCAGCGGUAAGAAUUCAGGCCGCUUGGCGAUGUCACAUGGAGAGGGAAAGCUACAGGAAAAUCAAAUCUGCCUGUAUUAUCUUGCAAAAACAAACAAGAAUGUUCUUACAAAAAUCACGCUUUAUUAAGGUCAGGCAAGCUGUGAUUUGUAUUCAACAACAGUAUAGAGCCCACCAAUCUAUGGAACAACAAAAGAAACAGUACCUACAGAUCAGAUCCGCAGCCAUAGACCUUCAAAGUAGAUACCGAGGUCUGGUGCAAAGACAAAAGUUUCUACGACUAAGGGCAUCUGCUGUACAAAUUCAGGCCCUAGUCAGGAUGUGGAUAGAAAGAAAAAAGUACUUGUCUCUCCACUUAGCAACAGUUAACUUACAGACACGUUUUCGUGCCAAGGUAAAAACAGCAGUAGUAAGAAAGGAAUUCCUUUUGCAGAAAGGUGCUGCUGUCACAAUACAAGCUUGCUUCAGAGGUCACAUGGCCAGAAGGAACAUCAAACAUCUUCAUGCUACUGCUGCCAUCAUUCAAAGUCACUUCAAAGGUUUCCGAGAGCACAAGAGAUAUCUUAAGGUGAAAUCAGCUGUCAUUUCUCUACAAAGGUGGAAAAGGGCAAUAACUCAAGGCAGAUUGGCAAGGUCAAAGUUUAAUAAGGUCAAGACUUCAGUAAUUAAAAUUCAAUCUGCUUUCAGAGGUCACAGGGCAAGGUCCGAAUUUCUGACAAAAAGGUCUGCAGCCAUAACCAUUCAAUCUCACAUCAGAUGUCAUCAGAAAAUUAUUGCAUACAGGAAAUUGAAGGAUGCUGUGAUAAUCAUACAGAGAAGAUUGAGGGCAAGCAGGGAAGGAGAGAAAGUGAGAAGAGAGUUUUUGGUACAGAAAGGUGCUGCUAUGACAGUACAAGCUUUCUAUAGAGGUUACAAGGUCAGACAGCAGAUCAAACAUCUACACUCUGCAGCCACUAAGAUUGAAGCAGCAGUGAAGGGACACCUAGAGAGAAAAAGGUUCCUCAGAUUGAGGAAUUCAGCACUGGUAAUUCAGCGUAAAUUUACUGCAAACUUAAAAGGAAGCAGAGUAAGAAAAGAUUUCCUGAUAAAGAAAGGUGCUGCUUUGACCAUUCAGGCAUACUUUAGAGGUCACAUGGCCAGAAGGAACAUCAAACAUCUUCAUGCUGCCGCUGCCAUCAUUCAAAGUCACUUUAAAGGUUUCCGAGAGCACAAGAGAUAUCUUAAGGUGAAAUCAGCUGUCAUUUUUCUACAAAGGUGGAAAAGGGCAAUAACUCAAGGCAAAUUGGCAAGGUCAAAGUUUAAUAAGGUCAAGACUUCAGUAAUUAAAAUUCAAUCUGCUUUCAGAGGUCACAGGGCAAGGUCCGAAUUUCUGACAAAAAGGUCUGCAGCCAUAACUAUUCAAUCUCACAUCAGAUGUCAUCAGAAAAUUAUUGCAUACAGGAAAUUGAAGGAUGCUGUGAUAAUCAUACAGAGAAGAUUGAGGGCAAGCAGGGAAGGAGAGAAAGUGAGAAGAGAGUUUUUGGUACAGAAAGGUGCUGCUAUGACAGUACAAGCUUUCUAUAGAGGUUACAAGGUCAGACAGCAGAUCAAACAUCUACACUCUGCAGCCACUAAGAUUAAAGCAGCAGUGAAGGGACACCUAGAGAGAAAAAAGUUCCUCAGAUUGAGGAAUUCAGCACUGGUAAUUCAGCGUAAAUUUACUGCAAACUUAGAAGGAAGCAGAGUAAGAAAAGAUUUCCUGAUAAAGAAAGGUGCUGCUUUGACCAUUCAGGCAUACUUUAGAGGUCACAUGGCCAGAAGGAACAUCAAACAUCUUCAUGCUGCAGCUGCCAUCAUUCAAAGUCACUUUAAAGGUUUCCGAGAGCACAAGAGAUAUCUUAAGGUGAAAUCAGCUGUCAUUUCUCUACAAAGGUGGAAAAGGGCAAUAGCUCAAGGCAAAUUGGCAAGGUCAGAGUUUAAUUACGUCAAGACUUCAGUAAUUAAAAUUCAAUCUGCUUUCAGAGGUCACAGGGCAAAGGUCCGAAUUUCUGACAAAAAGGUCGCAGCCAUAACUAUUCAAUCUCACAUCAGAUGUCAUCAGAAAAUUAUUGCAUACAGGAAAUUGAAGGAUGCUGUGAUAAUCAUACAGAGAAGAUUGAGGGCAAGCAGGGAAGGAGAGAAAGUGAGAAGAGAGUUUUUGGUACAAAAAGGUGCUGCUAUGACAGUACAAGCUUUCUAUAGAGGUUACAAGGUCAGACAGCAGAUCAAGCAUCUACACUCUGCAGCCACUAAGAUUGGAGCAGCAGUGAAGGGACACCUAGAGAGAAAAAGGUUCCUCAGAUUGAGGAAUUCAGCACUGGUAAUUCAGCGUAAAUUUACUGCAAACUUAGAAGGAAGCAGAGUAAAAAGAGAUUUCCUGAUAAAGAAAGGUGCUGCUUUGACCAUUCAGGCAUACUUUAGAGGUUACAUUGUUCGACAAGAAGUAACGGCACAACACUUAGCAGCAAGAAAGAUACAAGCUAAGGUUAAGGGCUAUCUUCAAAGAAAAAAGUUCCUCAGAUUAAAAGGUGCAACUAUAGUUAUUCAGCAGAGACUUUCAACACUCUUCCUGGGACGGCACCUCAGGCAUGAAUUCCUGGUUAGGAAGGGAGCAGCUAUGACAGUGCAGGCAGCAUUCAGAGGGUACGUAGUUCGUAAGGCAAUGGCAAGGUAUAACAGAGCAGCUGUAGUUAUCCAGAGUCAGUACAGAUCUCACACAGCCACUGUCUUGUACAAUCGACAGAGAAUAGCAUGUAUCUGUAUACAGCAAUGGUACAAGAACCUCCUAUUCACCCGACGUAUCAAGGCAGACUAUCUGUGUAGGAGAGCUGCAGCAGUCACUAUCCAAUCUUGGUACAGAUGCCACACAGCUGUAAAAACCCUAAAAAGGAACAAAUGUCGUGUGGUCAGGUCGCAGGCGGUUGUCCGAGGUUUCUUGCAGAGAAGGCGUUUCCUCAAGCUAAGACAUGCAACUUUAGUCAUCCAACACAGGCUUGUUGCCAGGAGACAGUGCAUCAGCACGCGAAGAGCAUUCCUUAUCCAGAAAGGUGCUGCCAUGACAAUACAGGCAGCUCUACGUGGGUACCUGGUGCGACAAGAUAUACGGAGGAAGCAUGUGGCUGCUGUGGUCAUACAGAGUGUUUAUCGAACUCACCAGGCUGUGUCGUCCUACAAUAAACAGCGUCGGGCAGUGACUUCCAUUCAGUCAUGGUACAGAAACUGCCUCUACACUAGAAGUGUACGCUCAGAUUAUCUCCACAAAAAGCAUGCUGCUGUGAUCAUUCAGAAACAUUACUUAUCUUUCCUGGCUCGACGGUCUUACCUCAGAGAUCUUUCCAAUAUCAUACUUAUCCAGGCCCUGGUUCGUGGUAUGUUACAGAGGAUGGCAUACAGACGACUUCAGUUGGCUGUCCUUGUCUGUCAGACUCGAUAUCGUGCCAUGCUUGUAAGUCAUCAACAACAAUGUUGGUAUGACAGCCUCCGAUCAGCAGCCAUUGUUCUCCAGUCAGCCUGGAGACGGCGCACAGUCCAGAUCAUGUACAACAAAACCAGGCAGACAGCCAUCUUUUUGCAGUCACAAGUCAGAAUGGUUCAAAAUCGAAAGCAGUUCUGUCAGUUGAAAGCAGCCACUAUGCAGUGUCAAAGACUAGUACGUGCAAAGCGUCAAAUGCAACAAUGUCGCAGAGAUUAUCUGAUAACAUUAGGUGCAGUCAUUACCAUUCAAGCUCACAUGAAGUCUUACUUGGUGCAAAAACAAAACCGUGCAACCUACAAGUCUGUGAUCUGUGUUCAGGCACAUGUACGAAGAUUCAUUGCACAGAGACAAUACAAGAAAACAUACAACACUAUUGUUACUGUACAGAAGCGUGUCAGGGACAAUAUAGCAGCAAAGAGACAACGAAGCUUAUUCCUUGCCCAACGUCAAGCAGCCUUAAGAAUUCAGAAAGUCUUCAGGAGAGCACAAACCAGAAGAUAUAUGCAGCAAGUGCAGUCUGCCAUCAUGAUCCAGAAGACGUUUCGAAUGUUUAUUGUAAGGAAGCAUUUCAUGAGGCAGCGAAAUGCUGCUAUAGUGUUGCAGUCCCAUCACAGAGCAUUUCUUGUACGUAAGGAGACAACACAUCACAAGCUUGCACUUAAGUGCAUCCAGAGGGCAAUCAAGAUGUUUCUGUUCAGACAGAGGCUUCAUCAUUGGAUGCAUAGAAGAAAUGAGGCUGCAACACGGAUUCAGUGUUGUUACCGUGGUUACCUAGCCCGCCGUUGUGUAAUGAGAACAAAAGCAGCCAUUGUUAUACAGUCAAUGUACAGGAUGUAUGCACAGAGAAAAAUGUAUUGUCAUAUCAUUAAGAGUAUGGUACUCCUCCAGAGUGGGUUACGGGGAACCCUAGCCAGACGCAGAGUACAACAUAUCCGCACACAGCACCGUGCUGCCACCUGUAUACAACUAGCCUACAGAUCUUUCAGGAAAAGACAAACAGAACAGGUAUUGAGGAGGAGAAGGUUGCAAUAUCUGGAGAAGUUCAGUGGUGUCGUAUCAGCUCACCUGUCUGUGAUAAAGAUACAGCGCUGUUAUCGUAACCACCGAGUCCUAAUGGUCGCUCAACAACGUCUAAACACCAUCAUUACCAUACAGCGAUGGAUGAGGGCAAAGUUGGCUCGUAUGCAAUUUCUACGUUUCGUGUCCGCCAUCAGAGUGGUUCAGGCGAGGGCCAGACAACAUCUCCAUCUUCGUCAAGCAUCUGUGAUCAAACUGCAGGCAGUUGUGCGUGGUUGGCUGGAACGUCGAAACAUCAUGCGCCGGGAACAAUUUGUCAUAAAGUUGCAGUCUAUUUGGAGAGGCAGGAAAGUAAGAAAGGCUUACCAUUCAAAAAAAUUGGAAACUAUCCGUAAGAACCUGAAGGAGGCCACUAAAACUGCUACAGAGGAUAAAAAACUUGGGAACAGGACGGAAUCAGCUCUAGAUUACCUUCUCAAAUACAAACAGCUGUCACAGAUUCUGGAGGCUUUGAUACACCUUGAAACAUCGACGCGCCUGUCCCCAGCUUGUUGCCAACGGAUGGUGAAUGUUAACGCAGUGGGUGUGAUCUAUCGUUUGAUACAGAGUUGUAACCGUAGUCAGCCACAUAUGGAGAUCAUUCGCUAUUCCAUCAAUAUCCUCCUCAACCUAGCCAAGUAUGAGAAAACUCGUGCUGCUGUCUAUGAAGUAGAGGGCGCCACAGAGUGUCUACUGGAACUGAUGCAAGUGUACCGGGAGAAGGGACACAUUUUCAGUUGUUCUUGUACACUGAUGGGUAUACUGGGUAUGAUAGAGGACAAGAGACAGGUCGUACUUACAGAUAAAAAGGUUAUAAGUAAGAUACAGAGUAUUUACACACUGACUUCGAGGAAACACAAGAUUACAGAGACCAGGAUGAUCAGACAGGCCAAAAUUUCUGCAGCUAAGAGCUUUAAUGCCACAUUGCCCAUUUUGCCUUCACAGAAAAGACAGCAUCGAAUUCAUCCUGACUGGGUUUUACAGCGCAACCGGAUGCGGCACAUCGAGGACCCCCUCCAAGCAAUCAAGUUUGUACUCGACAACUUUCAGCUCACCCCUAAGUGAAGACAUUCGCUGAAACUUUAUGACUAUGUCGGAUGCACCAAAAUCUGAAUUCAUAGUUUUCAAAUGUGAAGGAAAUAAUUCAUACAUUGUCAUUUAGAUAGACAAGGAACUCAGAUUUUUUUCUCAUACCUCCUGAAAUUGGUAGAAUGAAAUCAGACCAUACAUGGACUUUUUGUCUGGUUUUAAGUACUUUGUAAUUCAGUUAAAGAGCUUAUGGCUAUAAACAAUAGAUGUGUACUAGGUGGUAUGUUGAUACUUGUGGAGAACAAGGAGGUACAUUGUAUAUGAUGUGUAUGUACUAAUGAAGCCAAAUCUGUGGAGGGAAUUCACAUUUACACGUUAUUGUUUUAUUGGUAUAUCUUAAGUAUCUGCAUGUGGUUAAUGCAGAAAAACCUGUCACCCUGACCUCAAGGUCAAACAUUUCACUGAAAUCUAUCGGUAUUAAAGUAAUGUACUAGAUAAAACCGCAGAUAACCUUACAUAAUUUAAUGGUGCUUUGUUAAUACCAGGUGUUAUAUCAACAUUACAGGUAAGUCUGUGUGAUGGUUUACACUGCUGGGUAUAAUAUGUCUAUAAAACAGCACUGUGUUUAAGGUCACUGUGAUCUCAUCUCUAAGUGUAACACAGGCCCUAACUAGAUAAAUCUGAUAAGUGGCAAUUUAAGGUUUUGUCAGGGUCCAUUACUAGGAGAAAUAGGUGAAUUACGUUUAACCAGAUAUCAUACCACUGUAUAUUCAAUAUUUUAUGCAAUGUUUUGCUAUGAUCCCUGAUGAGUUUUUAACUGUAUAAUAAACCAUUUUAGUUACUGUUGUAGGUUUCUUAUAAAAAUCUUACAAGAUCCCUUGUGUUCCAUCUCAUUUUGAUUUAAUUUAGUAUUUGCUUAAAUUGAACUAGAUGAUCAAUAAGAUUGGCUAAAAGCAUUGUGCACUGAAUAAACAAAAAUAUUCUUAAUUCUCAUGACUGUCUUCUAAGAAACUGUUUAUUAGUCUUUAUUCUUACCACUCUCUUCUGAACUGUUCAUUAGGCUUAAUUCUCAUUGCUAUCUUCUGAACAUCUCAUUAAUCGUAAUUCUCAUUGCUAUCUUCUGAACAUCUCAUUAAUCUUAAUUCUCAUCACUCUCUUCUGUCAGAACUCAUUUGCCUAAAUUACUCACAAAUACAAUUUAAUCCACAUGUUUAUGUUUGUAUGAAACAAGGCAUCAUGUAAAUGGAGUCAGAUUUAUGUAUUCAUCUUAAAUCAUAGCUGUAAUUCAAAGGAUUUGUUCGUGUAAUCUGAUUUGAAAAUUAAAAAAAUUGUUUAAAUGUUUCAAUAUUGAUCAAAAUGUAUUUAAACCAAAGUUAUGAGACACUGAACAAAAUACCUUUGAUUAGUUUUUAUAACAUAAUAUUUUUUACAAUUUAAACUUUUAAUAGGAUAACUGUUUUAUUUGGUAUUACCAGUUACAUUGUAUAUAGUUAAAGAGAUAACAACCCCCAAUCAUGUUUUAGGGAAUUCUUUUGUCUACCAGUGAAAGCCUCCAGGCAUGUACAAUUUUAUACCACAGUCAAUAUGCAGUUUCAGCAAAAGAAUUUGUACUGGAAUCAAAGAAUGAUAAGUAAUUAUAACAUGUUUGUACUGUUUUUUUAGAAUCAUGAUAUUAUUACAAGUAUUCUAAAAUCUUGUUUUUGUCUUCAUACUGUAUGUCAUAGAGAAUAUUAUGCCAAAAGAGGCAUCACAAUACAAGACAUUUCAUAUCAA